UAUACACGAGUGUUACUCAGCUCUCCAGGAAAACCUUUGACGAAUUACGAUAGACUUUCUAUUACGGAGGAGAGCUAUCAACAACCGCACCCUCAACACAAUACAUCUCUCUUACCGAAAUAUUAUUACUCACUCAAAGGAUUCGACCCUACAACGAUGUCCAUGUUUCGUCGUUCUGCUGAUAUCAGUUCUCCUACCAAAGACCAAAUUAUGCCUGUGGUGUCCACCUGUCGACAGGAUGGCCAGCCAAGAUAUUGUCACAUGUGUGAAUGUUACAAACCCGAAAGAACACAUCAUUGCAGAGAAUGUAACGCCUGUAUUUUAAAGAUGGACCAUCAUUGUCCUUGGAUUGGUGGCUGCGUUGGAUUCAAGAAUUAUAAAUUCUUCUUCUUAUUCGUCAUGUACACAGCUGUUUAUGCGUUAUGGGGGCUUGGAUCGUCCUUACCCAUUGUUAUUCAAGGUAUACAGGAUUUGGAAGCAGAUCUUGAUCCUCAAUGGCUUGUUCUUGUCAUUCUAGCGUUCAUUUUUGGACUAACACUUACAGCUUUCGCCAUUGUUCAUGGCUUUUAUAUAAUCAAUAAUCAAACGACUAUUGAACAUGUCGCUGAUAGACCAGUAGAAAUUAGAGUAGACUUUGAUUAUACAGGGCAGAAUUAUGAAGUGAUAAAUGUACGUCCAGAGGACAACUUGUAUAAACGAUCCAAGUUAGAGAAUUGGAACUCUGUCAUGGGUUCAAAUCCGUUAUUGUGGUUUGUUCCUUUGAAGCGUGGAGCAGGAGAUGGUGUGGUAUUCCCUUACAACAAUUUCAUGUUUGAUAGCAUUGUUAGUAAAGCCAUCAAACAAAGAAGAUCCUUGGAUGUUGCACAUGCUGGCUCCUAUAAUAACAUUGAUAACCUAUAGAAUGAAUGUUGUCAUUAUACAUUAGGCAUAGUCGUGCUUGCUUUCAUUUUUUGAAGACUUUGUCUACAUAUACCCUUAGGUUACCACUGAUGUGUU